GCCGUCUAGACGCGAGGAAUCGAGCGUCCCGAUAUAAGCAACGCCUCGAACCGGCUCUGCGCACACGUGGCGUAUACGAGGCAGGCGGUAGGGAAGUGCAACCAAUUUUCAUAUCUUUGCGCGCCUUCGGCAGUUCGUAAACAGACCACCACCGAGAGCGGAGCGGCUGCUCAGUUUGAAGCAUCAUGAAGCCACUGGCAACGCUGGCCACUAUCCUGGCGGUGAGCUGCUUCCAGCUCUCUCUCGGCCAGACGGAGAAGGAACAGAAGCUCAUUGCAGCGAACAAUGAAUUCGCCAUUCAGCUGCUCAAGGUGCUUCCUAGCCCACCGGACGACAACGUCUUCUUUUCGCCGUACAGCCUCUCGACAGCCCUCGGCAUGGCCUUCAUCGGAGCCAGAGGUGCCACGCUGCAGGAGCUCGCCCAAGCGCUCGGAUACAGCGCGGCCUCGCUCAGCGAGAGCGAUGUUCAGGAGGGUUUCUCCCACCAAAACUCCAGGCUGCAGGCGCACGCCCGCCAAGCUGGCCUCGAAGUGGCCAAUAGCGCAGCGGUCCAGGAGGGCUUCAAGGUCCUCGACAGUUACUACGAUACAUUGAAUAGCACCUUCAACGCGCACCUCUUUAACGUUGACUUCCAGCACAACGGCCAGCAGGCAGUGGACACCAUCAACGAGUGGGUCAAGCAGGCGACGCACAACAAGAUCGACAAGCUGUUCGGCGCACCGCUGGACACCGACACGCGGCUGGUGCUCAUGAACGCGAUACUCUUCAAGGGAUUUUGGGAACGCGAGUUCGAGCCAAGCCAGACGGCUAAGCACGUCUUCUACAACGGCGGCAUCCAGGGCACUCAGGUGGACACCAUGUUCUCGCGGCACACGACCAACCGCGGCUUCUCGGAGCCGCUGCAGUCGAAAGUACUGGAGCUUCUGUACCGUGACAGCGAUUACAGCAUGGUCAUCGUACUUCCCGAGGCGCGGGACGGCGUGGAAGCUGUGAAGCAGGUUCUCACUAUGGAGAAGCUCAACGCAGCCAUUGCGUCGCUGAGGAGUCUCCCGGUGGCCAUUUCCCUUCCUAAGUUCAAGCUGGACAAACUGAACCCGCUGAAAAGUAACUUGACCCACUUGGGCUUGGGGAAGCUAUUCGGCGAUGCGGACUUGUCGGGAAUCACGGGCGACCGCCAGCUAGUCGUGUCCGACGUGCUCCAGCGUGCUGUGGUCGACGUCAACGAGGAGGGCACCGAGGCAUCGGCGGUCUCCGGCGUCGUCGGCGUCAACCGCAUCGGUAUUGAGCCAUUCCCCUUCACGGCUGACCAUCCGUUCAUGUUCUUCAUCCGCGACCGCAAGACCAACGAGAUCUUCUUCGCCGGACAAGUGAACAAGCUCCGUUAUUCGCAGACGAACCCAAUGGCGCUCUUAGGAGCAAGAAAAAAGAAAAGAGUAGGAGUGCCAGGACGUGCCUACUUUGCAGGACGUUGGCGGCGCUCCAAGUCUCAUUUGCCGCACACUCAUAAUUCGUUACACUCUCCUGUUCCUUUUUUCUCUCUCUUCAGAAACGAAACCACCAUGUACCGCCUGCUGUGCCUGGUUGCUACUGCCAUCGUGAUGGCCACGGCCGCCGAACCCGAGCCCGAGGAUCGAUGGAAACUAGCCCGCGCCAACAAUUUCCUCGGCCUGAACCUACUCAAGGCCCUGCCAAGCAACGCCAAUACGAACGUAUUCUUCUCACCCUUCAGCGUGGCAACGGCCAUGGGCAUGGCCUACGCUGGCGCUCGAGGUGACACAUUGGAACAGCUUACGCUAAACUUCGGUUACGCCGCCGACGAGCUCAACGACCAGAAGGUCCUGGCACUGUUCAAGGAGCAGCUAGAAGCGGCACGCGACUUGCCUCACGAAUACACGCUAGACAUCGCCAACGCAGCGGUAGCUCAAGAAGGCUACGGUGUCCUACCCAAUUACACGGAGGCUCUGAUGAGCUCGUUUGGAGCCGAGUACCUCGAGGCCGACUUCAGCAAGAAGGGACAAGAGGCCAUCGACAAGAUCAACAAGUGGGUCAGCGAAAAGACGCACGGCAAAGUUCGCAGCCUCUUCGACGAGCCGCCGGAUUUCUCCACCCGGCUUAUCCUGCUCAACGCCGUCUACUACAAGGGUACAUGGCUCUACGAGUUCAACAAACUGCGGACCAAACCGCGCUCCUUCUACAACGGCGGCGUCACCAAGGUCCUAGUACCCAUGAUGAGAAUGAAGUCAACGCUGAACCACACGUUCGACGCGACGCUGAACGCAGACGUCGUGGACCUGCCAUACGUUGGUGGCGACAUUGCCAUGACCAUCCUGCUUCCCAGUGAGCGCAACGGCAUCGAACACCUCAAGUCGGCGCUCACCACUCAGAACCUGAACAAGGCCGUCGCCAGGAUGUACCCGAAAGACAUGAAGCUCAAGCUGCCAAAGUUCAAGCUGGACACUAAAUACACACUCAAGCCAACCCUAGAGUCGCUGGGUAUUAAAAAGAUCUUCUCCGCAGACGCAGACUUGUCCGGGAUCAGCGGCGCCAAGAACCUGUACGUCUCGGACGUGCUGCACAAGGCUGUGCUAGAGGUGAACGAAGAAGGCAGCGAGGCCGCGGCCGUGACCGGGUUUGUGAUCCAGCUACGCACGGCGGCGUUCGUAACGCCGCCGCCGUUGCCUAAGGUGUACGUCGACCACCCGUUCAUAUUCCUCAUACGAAACGUCAACACCAACACUAUCAUGUUCCUGGGAGAGAUCAACGCCCUCUAAGUCACCGCGUCCCACUCGCUUAAGCCAUCAUAUCGUGCCAUUUCUCUUUCACUUUGUGGACUUCGCUGAUGACGAUGUGAAGUGUUGCCACAGGACCUAACCACGACCUUGGUAUGUUUUCCUUGUGCUGAGUGCAAAAUAUUAUAGAUAAGAACUGUGACUACUUUCCUCAAUACCAUUAGCGUCCACAGCCUGUUUCUCAAUGGGCAUGCUUUCAUUAGCUGCGUCAAUACUUUGAUGACCCCACUGAAUUUCCUUUUGUGUCUGAUAUUACUUACGCUGGAAGUUAUUAAUAUACUUAUUUUACCCCUCCUCGUGCUUUAUAAUGGGCACCGAAACUUAUGCAGGGCCAAAAAAAGGUUUAGUCUAGUCUUCCGGCACACGUCUUGAAUGCAUGUCAUACAGGGGUUCACCAUCCGCCCUCACUGCGUCGUCUCUGCAAGCCCUUCAUAAUCAUAAGAGUACCAACAAUUUGAUGCUGUGAAAAUGUUCAUGUUUGUGCUUGUUCAUAGCAUAUGUGUACAGCGAUGCAUCUGGACAAUUACGGGUCAAUAUACAGAUCAUGGUCACAAUGCUGCGACAAUGCUGUGAAAUAAAAUGCGUAUCUAUCUUUCGUUUUA